ACAUCGUUGGAAGGUCUCCCUAGUGAACUAGUCGAAAACUGAUGAAAUAUUCUUCCCCCGAAGAAGUCCCUGCCGAUCUUAUGAAGAAGGUGGUUAAGAUACAGUCUGACAAACAGUAUAGCGAAUUUUUGGAAACUCUUCCAUCUGAUUUGGCAGAUGAGGCAAAGAAAUACCAAAGCUUUGCCGAUAUUCCUGAAGACUUCUUCGAAAAAAUAAAAUCAUGUCCCAAGGUUAGAGAAGCAGGCUAUUAAAUUGUUGCACGAUG